AUGUUUCACCAGGGCGACUUGCAAAGCGGCAUCUCGCUCGCUAUCCAGCAGGCCAAGUCUGUCGUUUGCUUUGUGCGAGACGUGAAUGAAGAGAGUACGACAUGGGAGGACGAGUGGUUAAGCAAUGAACCCCUUGCCACACUCCUCGCCCAGAAGUCGGUUGCUUUGCGCCUUGAAGCAGGCAGUCAGGAAGCCGGUUUCUUGUCCGCAUUCUGUCCGAUUCCGAAGACGCCCGCGCUCGUUGUGAUACACAACGGACAACUGAAGCUGUGCUUGUUGGGAGGAAUCAGCCACGAUGACUUCAUCAGCAAGUUAGAAGGGGUAUUGAAUCCAGAUACAGCAGGGCAGAGCUCCGCGUCUGAGGACAGGGCUGCAACGGAAGCCACGGUGGAGAACCCCCCGGAAGCUACCACGCCGGUGCAAUUCGAACCCACUUCGAUAGCAGACGAACCGUCGACUGCGCAAGCAAGCACCUCACCUGCGUCUCCACCAAGCGAGGGCUCUCUUUCGCCAUCAACUCAACCCGCACCGAUUCGACCUGCAGCGUCCACCGAGCCCACGCCCAACACCGACCUCAACUCGCUCUUCCCCGACCGCGCAGCUCGCCUCGAGGCAGACCAUCAACUGACACAGGAAGCGGAGGCUGCUGCACGCGCUGCUAAGGCCGCCGGAAAGCGGAAGGCGGUUGAGGAGGAAAUAUCUUCGGCGGGUUCGCAAGACACGAGAAGACUUAGUUACGCAGCGCAGGAGAAGAUGCGGAAACAGGCCCACCAGGAUGAGCUCAAUAGGAUCCUUCAACGUGUGGAAGCCGACAAGAAGGAACGCAAGGAGAGGGAAGAGCUGCGCAAACGGCAGCGCGAAGCCGAGCUUCACGAGUUCGCGGGGGCAGAUUUCGCCACUCCUGCCUCCCCAGUGCUAGAAGCCGCAAAGAGGGGUUCGAUAUCUGGAGCAAGUCGGGGCCCGGCCCCCAAAUCGGGAGACGUCUGCCUCCGCAUCCGCCUCCUCGAUGGCAGCCAGAUUCGCGAGUACUUUCCGCCCACAGCCACGUUGCAGGCGGACGUCCGGCCACGCGUCGACUGGGCGCUUAGCAGCGGCCCCGGGCCUUCUUCUUCCUCAAGUAAACCUCCCCCAGCACCGCCCUACUCCUUUAAGCAUAUCCUUGCACCACUGCCCAACCGCACCCUUGGCCCUUCGGAUGAAACGAAGCCACUCAACGAUCUUGCGGAUGUCGUUCCAAGCGCGACACUCGUCCUGGUCCCUGUCAAGAAUGCAGUUGGUACGUACUCGGGCCUUGGUGGCGGGUACAUAGGGAGCAUCUACGUCGCCAUGGUCCAGCUGUACAACAUGUUUGUGGGGCUCUUCGCAACGUUGUUGGCGCCUUUUGCGAGGGUCCGAGGCGGUCAAGAAGGCGGCAGAGGCAAUGGUGGGGCUACAGCUGGUGGGGCGCAGGACAAGCAGGGGCAGGGGAAGGGCUCAGGUAGAGAGGGGAGGGGUGAAGGGGGCAGUGGGAGUGGAAGUGGGAUCAGGAUCCGGACAUUAAGAGAUCAGGGUGAAAAGGGGAACGAGUAUUACAACGGGAACAGUCUGGACUUUGAGCCAAAGCCAAAGAAGGAUGAUGAGGAUAAGGAUAAGUGA